GCAAAGGGCCAAUGAACGGAGGGGUGGGCGGGCUGUAGGCCAGCGACCCGUUUCCGGUUCCGGUGGGCCCGGGAGGGCCGGCUCCAGCGCUACGUGUCCCUGUAUCCGAAGUGUCCGCGGGCAGCAUCAUGGAUCAGGUAAUGCAGUUCGUUGAGCCAAGUCGGCAGUUUGUGAAGGAUUCGAUUCGGCUGGUUAAAAGAUGCACCAAACCUGAUAGAAAAGAAUUCCAGAAGAUUGCCAUGGCAACAGCAAUAGGAUUUGCUAUAAUGGGGUUCAUUGGCUUUUUUGUGAAAUUGAUCCAUAUCCCUAUUAACAACAUCAUUGUUGGGGGCUGAAGAAUACCUUUUCGAGAAGGGUUUCUCAUCUUGGGGAUUGGUGAACAGUGAAGAUUUGAGAAACUCAUGGAGUAAAAAAUUUGCCUACCUGUUUUGUGAUGGUCUUUCAUUUUUUUUGUCUUCCAAGAUGUUUUCU